AUGGAGAUCGAGAUCGGAGAUAUAUCAAGUACUAAGAAUUGCCAGGAAGAAAGAGAAAAAGACCAAACCCGACGGGACGCUCUGAAUUGGCUAUUUCCAGCGCCCUACGACAAAAGGCAUAUAGAAAUUAGUAGCCAAAGAAAAAAGAAUACGGGUCAGUGGAUAUUUAAGACACAAGAAGUUCAAGAUUGGAUUAAAGGAAAUCCGAGUGGCCGGCUACUGUGGGGAUACGGUAUCCCGGGUGCCGGUAAGACAUUUCUGAGCUCGUUGAUGAUUGAUCAUAUUGAAGCGAUCAAUGCAAACUACGGCGUUGGGUAUAUUUAUUUCAAUUUUCAGGAGCAAGGACAACAAACACCAAUCGAUACGUUUUCAAGCCUGGUGAAGCAACUGGCAUUCAAAGCCAAAGUCUUACCUAAAGCGAUUCAAGAAGCGUACAAUGAUAACAAAAAGCCUAGGCUUGAUCAGUUGCGCGAAAUUCUCCUUGAAAUUGGGAAAUCAUUUGCACAAACCUUUAUCAUUUUCGACGCCUUGGAUGAAUGCGAUAAAGUACUUCAGCGAGAAACAUUAUUACCGAUAUUUCACCGUAUAGGAAAGGCUGGUAUAAAUCUGUUCUUGACAAGUCGUGAGCAUCCAGACGAUAUCCAAGCGUCAUUUGCAAACAUCACAAAGUUGAGGCUUUGGGCCAAGAACGACGAUAUCUCAAGCUAUAUUGAACAGAGAAUAGCCGAUAGUUCCCGAGCCAAAAGUCUCAUAAACCAAGGAAAUCCCGAAUUGAAGGAAAAGAUAAUUUCAGCUCUCCAAGAGUGUGCUAAUGGAAUGUUUCUCCUGGUUCACUUCCACAUUGAGUGCCUCUGCCAGCAGACAAACUUGAAACAGGUCCUCACGGAGCUUGAGAGGAUCAAAAACUCGUCGAACGAAGAUUACCCCAUGGAUCCCACCUAUCGCAGAGCAAUGCAGAAUAUCCACUUACAGCAAAAGAGCGGCAUUAAACUCGCAUUUAAAAUCAUUUCAUGGCUUAUAAAAGCUCGAAGAGUUCUUACGGUUCGCGAACUACAACUUGCGGUAUCAGUAGAGGAGCAGAAUACCAUUUUUGACAAAGAUAGUCUACCGGACCGCAAGACCCUACUAGACGUCUGUGCUAGCUUAGUUAGCAUUGAUGAAACAAGUGAUUGUGUUAGAUUUGUGCAUUACACAGCUCAGGAGUUUCUCACCAGAAACCAACUAGUCCCCGAUGACGCGGAUUUGCAAGUGGCUAUAGCUUGCACGACAUUCCUUUCCUACGAUAUCUUUUCACACCGUUUUUACACCCUGAAUGCUUUAUCUUUAUCUCGCACUUAUCCAUUGCUGGAAUAUGCGGCCAGCGAACUACAACAUCACCUUAAACAAUGUGACGAGCUUCUGACAGAAGAAGUUAUCAGUCGAUUGAUUCAGGGCAAGAGAAACACCCGCAAUUAUAUGUACCUCGCCACUCUUAAACUAGAACCUUGGCUGUACGAGGAAGACGCCGCGGAUAAAUGUGGUGGUGAACUUGGGCUUGCAGCGUUUCUUGGGAAUAGCUCUGUUAUCAGGCGUUUGUUGGAACAAAAAGAUGAACGUCCCUCCAAAUUAAAUUUACAAUGGUCACUUCUGUGGGCUGCUGAUCGCGGAAACUUCUCGAGUGUUCAACUACUUCUUGAGAUUGGUGCCGACGUCAACUUCAAAGUCGGCGACUUGGGAUGUACAGCCCUGCAUCAAGCAGCAUGCCGAGGCUAUGAAGCGAUAGUCAAGCUACUUCUUGAAAACGGCGCCGACCCCAACAUUUGCGAUGGGGUCGGACGAACACCCCUGCUUGAACAAGCAAUAGGUCGCUGCAAAGGCUAUAAAGCGAUAUCCAAGUUACUUUUUGAAAACGGCGCCGAUGCCAACACUCAGGAUAAGUUUGGAGACACGGCCCUGUAUCGGGCGGUAUACGGAAGCGAUAAAGCCAUGGUCAAGCUACUUCUUGAAAACGGCGCCGACCCCGAUGCUCAGAGUAGAUCGGGAAACCUGGCCCUGCACCUGGCAGUGAAUAAAUGCGGUGAAGCCAUGGUCAAGCUACUUCUUGAAAACGGCGCCGACCCCAACGCUCAGAAUGAAUCGGGGGACCUGGCCCUGCACCUGGCAACAGAAAUAGGCGAUGAACCCAUGGUCAAGCUACUUCUUGAAAACGGCGCCGAUGCCCACUCUCACGAUCGGUCUGGACGCACAGCACUAUAUCGGGCGGUACACGGAGGCAAAGAAACGAUAAUCAAGCUACUUCUUGAAAACGGUGCCGAUGCCGGCGUCAACACUCAAGACCCGAAUGGAGACACGCUCCUGUACAUGGCAAUAGAUAAAGGCAAUGAAGCCAUAGUCACGCUCCUUCUUGGCCAUGGUGCCAAUGCCAACGCUGACGAUAACUUCGGAAGAACGGCCCUGCACCUGGCAGCAAGUAGAGGCGAUGGAGCGAUGGUCAUGCUACUUCUUGUGCAUGGUGCGGAUGCCAAAGCUCAGAACAAAUCGGGAAACACAGUCCUCCACCUGGCAACAGGUGGAGGCGAAGCCAUGGUCAAGCUACUUCUUGAAAACGGCGCCGACGCCAACACUCAGAAUGAAUCGGGAAGCACGGCCCUGCACCUGGCAACAGGUAUAGGCGAUGAAGCCAUGGUCAAGCUACUUCUUGAAAAUGGCGCUGACGCCAACACUCAGAAUAAAUUGGGAAACACGGCCCUACACCUGGCAACAGGUAUAGGCGAUGAAGCCAUGGUCAAGCUACUUCUUGAAAACGGUGCCGAAGUCAACACUCACGAUAAAUAUGGAGACACGGCCCUGUACAUGGCAAUAGAUAGAGGUAAUGAAGCCAUAGUCAAGCUACUUUUUGAGAGUGGUGCCGACAUCAAGUUUAAAAGUUUACGCGGACACACAGCCCUGUACCUAGCAGUAUGUGGAGGCCAUGAAGCAAUAGUCAAGCUACUUCUUGAAAACGGUGCCGAUGCCAACACUCAUGACCCGGACGGAGACACAGUUCUAUACGUGGCAAUGGAUAAAGGCAAUGGAGCCGUGGUCAAGCUCCUUCUUGAGUAUGGUGCCGAUCCCAACGCUCAGAAUAAAUCGGGAAGCACGGCCUUGCACCUGGCAACAGGUGAAAGCAAUGAGGUCAUGGUCAAGCUACUUCUUGAGUAUGGUGCCGACGCCAGAGCUCAGGGUAGAUUCAGGAUCUCGCCCCUCAACUGGGCAGAAAUUAACGGCAAUAAAGUGAUUAUCGAGCUGCUCAAGAAUUCAAUCAAUACUUAG